AUGCUUAAUUUUUUACUAGGCAUUCGGAUAGUAUUCUUCGAUGAUCAACUUGGGGUUGAUCGUGUAUUUGCAUCACCAGGUGAAUCAUGGUUAUUUGUUUGUAUUGGUUUUGGAUUUUUCAUUUUUGAAGAAUCGACAUUAAUCUAUUUUGAUAUAAGAUAUAAAACACUCUCAAAAGAACUUCAUCUGCAUCAUUUAGUGGCAGUUUUUGGUGCUUUUUUAACGAUUUAUCAUAAUCGCGGUCAUUAUUAUGCAAUAAGAGGUUUUAAUCUUGAAUUUAGUACACCAUUUUCAUGUGUAUGUUGGUGUUUAUUAAAAUUAAAAUUAGAAAAGUCUUACGUAUGGAAAAUAAAUCAGGGGUUAUUGAUUUAUGCUUUUCAUUUUCGUACGGUUUAUGAAUUACAUUAUGUAUAUGAAAUUUAUACAAAUUGGACAAAUGUAAAACAAAUACCAUUUCUAUUGUUGUGUAAUACAUUAUUCGGUUUAAUAUUAGUUACAUUUUGGUUAACACCUUAUUGGACAUAUAGAAAAACCGCUCAAUAUUUUAAUCCGACUGAUUGGAAUAUGGAGCCAGAAGUCAAUAUGAAACCCAAACGGAGGUAA